AUGUAUUACUUCGGCUUUAGCACGGCUAAUCUGAUUGGAUGCUUGAGCAUUCAAGGAAUUCCUACCUACUGGGAUGAUUUUAUUGAGACAGCAGCUAGCGAGUAUGCCCUUCACAAAGCACCCCUUCUUGCAUCUACAACCCUUAAUAGAGGCAAAGGAGAGCGUAUCCUCAAUCCAGAUCUUGUUCAUAAAGAAGAAUCUCCCUGGGGGAUUGAAAGAGAAGAAUGGUGUAAAAGCCCCAUCUUCAAUGCCACAUUUGCCAGACAGAACCCUGCCCAGCCAGCUCAAGUCAACAAGAACAGCUUCCUGCAAGGUGGGAAGAGCUUCUUCGGAGACACCCUUGGCUACGGUCUCGACAACACUGGUGGAUUAGGGACUAGUGGUGGCGGCAAUGGCACAGGGGUUAGUUAUAAUUUUGGAGCUGGUGGAGGAGGAAUAGGAGGUGGAGGGUUUGGUAGACCCAUGAUCAUGGAUGAUAGGAAUACCAGAGCAUACGCAUCUUGGCUUCAAUGGUGGAAGAGUACUGUCAGCUGUGAGGAUUAUAUCAAAUAUGUAUCCUCUCAGGUAAAAUAG